CCCCAGCUGCCGCGGGAUGCGGAGCGCGGGGUCCCGCGGAGUGGCUUCCCCUCUCUUUCCCCCACCAGUACGAGAGCCCCGGAGUCCGCACGCCCUCUCCUCUCCUUCCGAGGGGCCGCCGGCUUGCACCCCGUCCAUUGUGUUCUGAUUCUCGCCUCCCUCCUCGGGUGGCCUCCACUUCGAGAAGGAAAGGGAGGCUUGUUUUGCGGUUGAGCCUUUGCCGAACGUGGUGGAGCUGUGGCAGGCAGAAGAAGGGGAACUCCUGCUGCCCACUCAGGGUGAUUCUGAAGAGGAUAUGGAGGACCAUUCUCAAGAGCAAAGCUUCUCAGACAAGCUAUUUAGUGGAAAGGGCUUACAUUUUCAGCCAUCAGUUCUAGAUUUUGGAAUUCAAUUCCUGGGACACCCUGUAGCAAAGAUCCUCUAUGCGUAUAACCCUAGCAGGGAGAGCGAGGUGGUGGUGAAUUCCGUGUUUACAACCGCAGGACAUUUCCACGUGCCUCCCGUUCACUGCAGGGUGAUUCCUGCAAUGGGGAGAACCUCCUUCAGAAUUAUUUUCUUACCCACUGAAGAAGGAAACAUUGAAAGUUCUUUAUUUAUUAAUACCUCCUCAUACGGAGUCCUUUCCUAUCAUGUAUCUGGAGUUGGCACUCGCAGAAUCUCUGCAGGAGGGUCUGCAAAGCAGCUACCGAACGCUUACUUCCUCCUCCCGCAGGUCCAGAGCAUUCAGCUUUCGCAGACACAGGCAGAAACCACUAAUACUAGCCUCUUGCAGGUGCAACUGGAAUGCAGUUUACAUAAUAAAGUGUGUCAGCAAUUAAAGAGUUGUUACGUGGAAUCUGACGAUGUUUUACGGCUACAGAUGAGCAUAAUUGUAACAAUGGGAAACUCCUCCAAAGAAUUUGAAGAAAACACACAAGAUUUGUUAGAUCAUCUCUCUAUCAUUUAUGUAGCGACAGAUAAAUCUGAGACUUCAGAUGAUUCGGCGGUAAAUAUGUAUAUAUUGCAUUCAGGAGACAGCCUUCUGUGGAUACAGGAUGUCCAUCAUUUCUCACAGAGAGAUGCCCUGUCUCUGCAGUUUGAACCAGUGCUCCUACCUACUUCUGCAACAAACUUUACAAAAAUCGCUUCUUUUACUUGCAAAGCUACGUUGUCUUGUGACAGUGGAAUGAAAGAAGAUGUGAAGGAAACAAAACACACUCCAACACUAAAAGCCUGCCUCUCCGCUCCUGUGGUUCAAGGGUACUUUAGAAUGGACUCCUCUGCAACCCAGUUUCACAUGGAGACUCACGAGAACGCGUCAGGACUUUGGUCAAUGUGGUACCUCAACCAUUUUGACCGUAGCGUUGUCUUGCAUGAUGUGUUUGUUUCCAAGGAGACCAAGCACAUUUUAAAGAUUCUGAAUUUCACUGGCCCUUUAUUUCUACCUCCAGGCUGUUGGAAAAUAUUUUCUUUGAAACUUGCUGUUAAAGACAUUGCCAUAAAUCUAUUCACCCAUGUAUUUCUGACUACCAACAUAGGUGCCAGUUUUGUAAUACCUCUGCACAUUUACUCAGCCCCGACCAAGGAAGGGAGUCUGGGUUUUGAAGUGAUAGCACAUUGUGGCAUGCAUUAUUUCAUGGGAAAAUCAAAAGCGGAAAAUCCUAAUUGGGAAGGGAGCCUUUCUCUGGAUCGGUCUACCUGGGAUGUGGAUUCCGAACUUUCAAAUAAGUUGUAUGAAAGAUGGAAGAAAUUUAAAAAUGGUGAUGUCUGCAGGAGGAGUGUAUUAGGAACAACGCGGUUUGCCCACUCGAAGCGAUCCAGGGAGUCAGAACCCUUUGCUUCCUUCCUGCCUCGCCUGAUCCCUCAGCCUGGCGUUAUGCUGAACUUCAGCGCCACCGCCCUGAGGAGCAGCGUGGUGAAGUACUUUGUGGUGAAGAAUCCUUCCUCUCUGCCAGUCUCCCUGCAGCUCCUGCCCAUCUCCCUGUACCCCAGACCCGAGGCCGCUGUGCGCCUGCUCCACAAAUGGUUUGGCACCGAUACGCAGAUGAUUAAUUUCACAACUGGUGAAUUCCAGCUCACCAAAGCUUGCCCUUACCAGGGUGUGCAUGCUGAAGAAUCCGGGUUUGGCGUCCUCCACUUACAUUUGCAGCCUUUGGAAAUGAAAAGGGUCGGGGUAGUUUUCACACCAGCUGACUAUGGAAAAGUGACUUCACUCAUCCUAAUCCGGAAUAACCUGACUGUUAUCGACAUGGUUGGCGUGGAAGGAUUUGGAGCAAGAGAAUUACUGAAAGUGGGUGGAAGACUUCCUGGUGCGGGAGGGUCUCUGCGAUUUAAGGUGCCCGAGUCCACGCUGAUGGACUGCCGCCGACAACUGAAAGACAGCAAGCAAAUUUUAUCUAUUACAAAGAACUUCAAGGUUGAGAAUAUCGGACCGCUUCCUAUAACUGUGACGUCUCUGAAAAUUAAUGGGUAUAAUUGCCAAGGUUAUGGAUUCGAAGUGCUAGACUGUCAUCAGUUUUCCUUGGACCCCAGCACGUCCCGGGACAUCAGCAUUGUGUUUACCCCAGACUUCACCUCUUCCUGGGUCAUUCGUGAGCUGACUCUUGUGACGGCAGCAGACCUCGAGUUUCGCUUCACUCUCAACGUGACCCUCCCGCAUCACCUGCUGCCUCUGUGUGCGGACGUGGUUCCAGGGCCCAGCUGGGAGGAGUCGUUUUGGAGGCUCACGGUUUUCUUCGUUGGUCUGUCCCUGUUGGGUGUCAUUUUAAUAGCCUUCCAACAAGCGCAGUACAUUCUGAUGGAGUUCAUGAAAACGAGACAGAGGCAGAACGCCAGCUCCUCUUCACAGCAGAGCAGUGGUCCAGUGGAUGUCAUCGGCCCCCAUUCGCACAAAAGCAGCUGCAAGAACUUUCUCGACACCUACGGCCCCUCGGAUAAAGGCCGGGGGAAGAGCUGCCUGGCGGUCAGCGCCCCGCAGAGCAGGCUGCAGAACGCCCCGAAGAGGAGCCCGGCCACCUACGGCCACUCGCAGCGGAAGCACAAGUGCUCCGUGUACUACGGCCGACACAAGGCGGGCGCGGCCGGCGCGGCCGCCGACGACAGGCCGGCCGCCGCCGCGCGGGAGGACGCGUGCGCCGCUGCGCUGGGGGACGGCUGGGCGGGCGCGGGCGCGGGCGCGGGCGCGGGCGGCGGCCUGCACAAGCCCCUGGCGCUCCCCAAAGGCUGCCUGCGCGCCGCCGGCGGCCACGCCCCCCCGGAGUGCCCCGCCAAGGAGGGGGCACCGACGUGUAUGUUUCCUAAGGAAACGGCCAGUAAAGGACCCGAGAACGCGGCCGCGCUCAAGGAGCGCGAGCCCUGUCCCCUGAAGCCCCCGAAGAAACUACCUGAAAGCCAUCUGCCGAGAAAUCCACCUCAGUACCCGCCAGACCUGCCCGAAGUUUCCAGGAGAACUAACGGGAAUAACCAGCAAGUGCCUGUCAAGAAUGAAGCAGACAAUUGUGAAACUUUGAAAAAGGUUGACACAAAGUCUUCUUCAGAAAAGAAGAUUCACAAAGCAUCUAAAGAAGACAUGUGUUCUGAGAAACAGGACAUACCUUCAGUCGAGCAAGAAGAUCCUUCUAGGAAGAAGAAGCUUCAGGAGAAAAAAGAAGGAAGUUUACAAAAUUUAAAUUGGAAUAAAAAUCGAACGUGUAGAAAAAACAAGAAAAGGAGUGCUGCCCAGGUCUUGAGGCCUUCUGAACAGAGUGAAUUAAAGCUUGUGUGCAGUGAAUUGGAAAGGUCAGAGCUGAGUGGCGACCUGGAUGUAAGAAGCUGGUGCAUCCAGGAAAAUCCCGGGGAAACGUGUAAAACAGAUGCUGGCCUGGGACGCAGCUUACCUGCCGCGCAGGGAGAGGCAGAGGGUUACUACCAGGAUUCCAGGAAGAAGUGCGGGGAGAAGUCCUGCUCAGACUCCAGCUCGGACUGCGGCAGCUCCUCGGGGAGCGUGCGUGCCAGCCGGGGCAGCUGGGGCAGCUGGAGCAGCACCAGCAGCUCCGACGGGGACAAGAAGCUCACGGCGGGCCCCCAGCACUUCCAGCCGGCCGGAGACAGUGUUUUGCAAAGUGACUUUCCCCCCGAAACCCCCAUCAUCUUGAAUCUUUCUCAUAACAUCUGCAACCCCACAGAUGCGAGUGACCUCCCCCGGUUCUCGAAUGCUGCCUGUCCCAGCCUUCCUGCUGGACCUGCGGGUGUUGAGGAAGACAAAGGUCUGUACCCGCCGGGAGACCUGUGGCCCUCGCAGCCCGUGUGUGUGACGAGCGGCUUCAGCUGCGCCCUGGAAAGCGGCGUGCCGGCCGGGGUGCAGGGACCCGCCCCGCUACCCAACAGCAGUUUCAUUGAUUGGAGCGCGACCUGUGAAGGCCAGUUUCCCGGUGUGUACUGCCCCCUGGAACUGAAUGACUACAACGCCUUUCCAGAAGAAAACAUGAACUGCCCCAGUGGCUUCCCCUGUCCUGCCGCAGUUCAGACGGACUUUGCUGACCACAGCUCCCAGUCUGCCUGGAACAGCCCCCCCAGCGUGCCGAGCACCUGGGGACACGCUGGUCUCAUCAGUUCUCCGCCCUACCUCACAAGCACCCGAAGCUUGUCUCCAAUGUCUGGACUUUUUGGUUCCAUCUGGGCCCCUCAAAAUGACGUAUAUGACAACUGUUGCCCUGUCAGUCCCACCACGGAGCACUCGACUCACUUGGACAACCAGGCGGUCAUGUGCAAGGAAUACUACCCGGGGUUUAACCCGUUUCGUGCCUACAUGAACCUGGACAUAUGGACUACCACAGCCAACAGGAACGCAAAUUUCCCGCUGUCCAGGGACUCCGGUUACUGUGGGAAUGUGUGAAAAGAAGAAUCGGAUUUUUAAACAAUGUGAAUAAAGAGGCUUGUGUUUGGAUGACUAGCAUAAACUGGCUGUUGAAAUAGAUUGACAUUGGUGGAUAUUUUGGCACUUUUAUAUGAAAAUAAAUUUUUUUAUGAAA